AUGCCUCCCUUGGAGUUACCGCCACCUCGACGACCGCACCCUUGUCACUUAUCGCUCCCCCCCCCCUCUUCGUUGACGACCGCAGCCAAUAGGUGGAGCGACCCACCAGCUGCUACUGUGCUUGCCCCCCCUUCGCCCCCGAAGGCCCUCGGCGCGUGGUUCGAGGUGGGAAGCAGCGCGCUGCACAAAUUCAGAACGGCGAGCGGCCUGUCGUGCAACGCCGCCAAGUACUCCGCGCUCGCCGCCGCCACCGACGGCAGCAACGUCGCUGGGUUUCUCAGCCGUGGCCUUCGCACAGUCAGUCCGUUCCGAGCCGAUCAGGUGUGGCGCAUUUCCGCGGCAGCAGGGCGCAUCUCGCGCAACCUGCGCCGUGUGUGCGAGGCGGCCGUUUACAGCGCCAGAGCGCACGCCUCCCUGCAGGCAAUGUUCGUGCCUGGGCCUCAGACGACGGGUGGGGAUGACGGAAACGGUAGCGGGGCAGAUAGCAGCGGUAGUACGCCCAAUAUCGACAACAGCACGAGUAGCAGCAACAGCACAAGCCCGUUCUCCCAGCACGCCAACGGAACUGCGCUGGCUGCUGAAGCUGCGGGCAUACUAGCUGCGUCUAGCACCAGUCUGUCACAGCAGGCCCUGGCGAUCUACAGUCAGCUGAGUGCGCUGCAGCAGCACAACAACCGCGCCAGCACGUUCAACGACCCGCAGGACCCGGAUCUGGACGUCACCAAGCAAGGGCUCGCAGACGCAGCCAACCGCAUCAUUGGUGCUGCUGGGAGGGCUCGGCGCGCAGGGAUGAGGGGAAGCCUGGCGGUGCUGCAGAUGCAGCUCAUGCUGCCCGCUGCCAACAGCAGCGCCGUCACCCGGUUCACAUCCCGGCUGUCUGGUUUCCUGGCACGUGCGUCGUGGGAGCUGGGGGUUAGAGGGAAGGUGGGCCUGGCGACAACUGUGAUUCGCGUGCUGGCAGCGUCGGUGCUGGUGCCCUCCCUCACCAUGUUCCCAUCGCCCUUUCCCUGGAACUCCCAGACCCAGCUGCGCAUGCAAGCCGUGCAAGACAGGAAGCAGGUGAGAUGA